AUGGAUGAAAAUGCAGAGCUCGGCGUUGGAUUGAAAAGGAGCAACGUCGAAUUGACGAGAGACUUCGUGAGCUUAAAGAGCAACGGCGUCAGCUCGAAGAGAAGCAGCGUCGAAAUAAAGAAGAGGAGCGCCAACGUCUCGCUGCGCGUCUGCAGCGUUAUCAGCCCCAGAUUUUAUGGCAAUAUCUCGAAGACUUGUCACUCCCUUCAUUUCUCCAUGCAAGUGAUGACUUCGCUCUCGACCAAAAGGGGGGAUGCGACUAACCCAACUGGCCUCAUUUUCCCUCGCCGAAUCGUUCCUUGGGAUGACUUCGCGGCAAGGCAAGAAGAGAUCUGGAACGAUCUUUCAGCCAGCGGUGUCUUUCACUCUCAGCCAUGGUUUCCAUCAAAACCUCAGAUGGACCACACGAGAUCUCGCAUCAGGCCAAUUAGUAACGAGCUUAGUCUGCAGAAUUUCGAGAGGGUUGCUGUUGAGGAUGCCGUCGAGAUUUUGUGUGAACAUGCACUCAAUGAUUCGCAGCUGCAGAACCGCUUCAACCUGCAAGGGCCCGUGUCAUUUAAAAACCACACAAAUCUCGAGGAUGACGUGUUGGACACGCCCAUGAGUGCCAAAGGACGGCGCAAGUCGAGGGGAAAGGGCAGCAGGGCCGAUGAGUUCCUGGUUUACAAGACCUCAGAUGGCGCCCAGACCCCUGUGGUGGCCAUAGAGUAUAAGCCACCACGCAAGUUGAGUGUCAACGAGCUUGUGACAGGCCUCUCCUCGGAAAUCUGGCCAGAGCGUGAUGUCAUCAAUAAGGGUGGUGACGAUUUUGCUUCGACAUCAAGGAGACUGGCUGCCGCCGUUGUCACGCAGCUUUUCUCCUAUAUGGUUGGCAAGGGCCUCCAGUAUGGCUAUGCGUGCACCGGACAGGCCUUCGUCUUUCUUCACAUUCCCGACGAUCCUUCUAUCGUAUACUUCUCUUUGUGCGUUCCUAGUAUGGACGUAAUGGACGGCGACGAUACAAGGCUUCAUCGUACGGCCGUCGCCCAAGUUUUUGCCCUUCUUCUGCAAGCGAUACUUGCAGAACCGCCGCCGGAGGCAUGGCACGAUGAAGCUGAAAAGCUUGGUCUUUGGGAAGUCGAAUAUGAUGACAUUCUUGCAGAGAUCCCAACCGCAGAUCGCAAGCGCAAGGAGUCUCCGACUUUUCUCUACCGGCCUCAGCGUUGGAAGGACUUUAACCGGUCCCUCCUUGAUACAAGACUCCUAGUAGAUGGUCAUCCUUUGCUCCUUCUAAGUACAUCGGGCAAAAAGGACGGACAAGGUGGGAAAACCGGGGUAACAGAGCCACAUAUAAAGAGCCGACCCUUUUGCACUCAGCAGUGCCUUCUUGGAUUGGCACUCGGAAAGCCCAUAGAUAAGAGUUGCCCCAACGCAGGUUGCCAUGGGCAAAAGCACAUCAGUCGUUUCGAGUUUCUGCACCUUAUUCGGGAACAGCUCGCUGUGGACCGCGGUCGUGAUGCUGAUUGCAUGCCAUUAUAUCGGUCUGGAUCGCGUAGCUCGCUCUUCAAGCUGCGGUUAUCGUCACACGGCUAUACGCUCGUCGCCAAGGGAAUGGAGAGCCUGGACUUGGCCCAUCUGCAGCAUGAGAACGAAAUAUAUGACUGCAUGCUUGCAAUCCAAGGCAGAUAUAUUCCCGUAUGUCUUGGUAACAUCAACUUGAUUCUUCCAUACUACUAUGACUGUGGUGUCUACAAGCAUUUCAUGUUUCUUGCAUGGGCCGGGCGGCCUGUUUUCGAAUGCACCAACCAAAUCAGCCACCUUGACAUGGUUAGUACAAUCACAAGUGUUUUCAAAGCGAUACACAAACUGCGGGUUCUUCAUCGUGAUGCGGAGCUGCGUAACAUACUCUAUGAUGAACGUAGCGGCACCUUUAUGGUUGUCGAUUUCAAGCGUGCGGCAUAUUGUGGGGGUGGGGACGAGAAUAGAGAAGUAGAGAUGAUGAGAAACCCAAAACGCAGGAAGCGGGAGAUAUCAGAGGACGAUUUUGUAUCUGAGCUCGAAUGGGCUUUGUAUGAGGUUUUGCGGCACGUCUCAAGCUUGAACAAAGCCUCAUAACAGCAUGGACGAGAUAACAUCGAUAGAUAGACUAGACAUAGACAGAUAGACUAGACGUAUAUAUAUAUAGAUUAGAAAUAGGUGGAUAGACUAGGCAAUGGUAUAUAGGCCAGAUAUAGAUACAUGUACCU